GCAAGGUUUUUGGUUGAUGCAACGACAUGACCCAAAGGUUUUGAUGGUUUUGGAAGUUUUAUAUUUUAAAAGCCUUCGCGUUCUUCUCAGAAAUAUUAAGUCUGACCUGGAACUAAACGUCAUACCGAAGGAACAGUCAAGUGAAGGGUUGGGGAAGAAACGUUGGAAUUGGGAAAGAACCACACUAGCAAAAGACUACAAAUGUCACAUUUGUGGCAAACAAUUAACUAACAAGAGCACACUCAACAAACACGUCUUAUUACAUGAAAGCAAGCGGCCAUUUAGUUGUGAUAUUUGCGGGAAAGCUUAUGUUUUUAGGAGUCACCUAGUUAGACAUAUACCUGUCCAUACCGGGGAAAAACCGUUCACCUGUGAAAUAUGUGGCAAAGGAUUUAGAAAUACAGAAAAAAUGAAGCUGCACCGCAAUGUUCAUAGCGGUGAGGGAUCGUACAAAUGCACAGUUUGUGAAAAAUGUUUUACCACUAAAAAAGAACUAAGCACACACAUGUCUUCACACACCGGUCAGUAUAAGCAUAGUUGUGAUGUGUGUGGCAAAGGGUUCGUGCAAAGAUCACAUUGGAAAGACCACAAAAACAUUCAUACUGGUGAACGGCCCUACAAAUGCACGGUAUGCGAAAAAGAUUUUGCCACAAAGCGUAUCCUGAUACGACACAAAUCGAUUCAUACGGGCAUUCGGUAUAAGUGUGAAGUGUGUGACAAAGAAUACAGCACAAAAUUUUACUUGACAUGGCACAAACGGAUUCAUACAACUGAACAAUCAAUUGAUUCGCUUCUGAUCGAUCCAACAGACCAUGAAACUCAUGCUAACCAAAGCAAUGCAACAGACGAAUGCAUUAAAAUUAAUCCUAGUGAUAUGAAAUCCGACCAGGUACGGGAUGUUGUUCCAAAGAAGAAGGACUUAUCAGCUUACUCAGCGGCAUUUUCCACUCAAACAAGCGAUAGUUCAAAUCAACACAAAUGUCAGAUUUGUGACAAACAAUUCGCAAACAAGAGCGAUCUCUACAAGCACCACCACAAUAUUCAUACUGGUGAGCGAUCGUACAAAUGCACCGAAUGUGGAAAAGAUUUUCGCUUUCUAUCGAAUCGCAACCGACAUAUGCUUAUUCACAGUGGCGAGCGGCCGUAUGAAUGCGUUAUAUGCGAAAGAAGUUUUGUUACUAAAGCUGAAUUAAGCAUACACAUGCAAACACACACCGGUGACUAUAAGUAUAACUGUGAUGUGUGUGGCAAAGGAUUCGUGCAAAGAUCGCAUUUGAAAGAGCACGAAAACAUUCAUACAGGCGUACGGUCAUUUCAAUGCAGUGUAUGCGGGAAAGAUUUCACCGCUAAACGUAACCUGAUUCGACACAUCCAUUCACACGAGCAGUCGAAAUAUGUGUGAAGUGUGUGGCAAACGGUGCAGUUCGAAAUUGAACUUGCAAUUUACGACCUAACAGACCAGCCAAUAGCAUGGUUUUUCCAACCAUUGAACUUCCAUGCUAUUUUUCUGAAAUAAAUGUUUAUU